AUGAUUACGAAGAGUUUUUUGGAGAGUUUGACCGGAAAACAAAUCGCUAAUAUUGAGAACUUGAACUUGUCAAACAAAAAUCUGAGCGACGCGGAUUUUGAAGAUGGAAAAGACGCUCUCUCGGAAUUGGUGGCCCUUGAUACUCUCGAUGUAAGUGGCAAUCGGCUGAAGAAGUUUCCCGACUUGACUUUCUCCGACUGCCGCGUGCUCAACAUCAGCCACAAUUGCCUCGAAGCCUUUCCCCUGGACGCGGAAAUGUCUUGGACGCUGGAAGAAAUCGACACACGAGGAAACCCAGCGCUGGACAUCAAUGAACGGUUCAAAAUCCGCGAGUUAGUUCCAAAGUUGAAAUUGCUCGACGGAGAGACGGUUCCAGAAAACGACGUGUUUUUCACGAUCAAGAAAACUUUGACGAGGGACUUGACAAAACUCGCGGCGGAGAAGUUUAAGGAUGAACUCGCGGAGGAAAUUGGACAGGAGAAGUUUUUGAAGAGAGCGAGGAGAACACCGGCGGGGCCGAAAAGUUUGAGAGAUUUCCGAACUUGGCUGGCAGAGCGAAUCGCCACCGACAUCAUCAACUCCGACGCUCCAGUAAAAUCAGCAGAGGAAGAAGUUUCCACCGAAAAUGAUUUUUACAAGAACUUGAAAAAGAAACGCGGUAUGCUUGGCGUUCCAACAACGAACACACCUACGGGCAAGUGGACUCCCUUGAGCGCCCUCCAGUGCCACUCCCAGCAUCCAAAAAAGACCGAUGUUGCCCUCUGGGCGGUGGAAUUUGAGCCUGAUGUCAUCAAGAACAAUGAAACAACUCAUAUCUUUGCAUCCUGCGGUGGUGAUGCUCUUUGCUUCACGAAUGCAAAAACGGGGAGAGUUCAAAGCAAAUUCAUCGAACCAGAAGAGAGUUUAUUCUGUUGCUCUUGGUCAGUAGAUCCUCAAAAUCCACUGCUACAAAUGGAGACGAUGAUCGCUGUUGGAGGAAAGUUCGGAAUGGUUUACAUUAUGAAGCCGCAUACAGGCCACUGCAUUCACCGAAUCAAGGCGAUCAGAGGACUGGGAGUUAUCAAUUCCGUGAAAUUUGCGUUUCCAAAGCACCCAGAGCUGCUGUUCAUCGCUCCCGCCUUGAACGACCCGUCUAAAAACGUCAUUUCUGCGUGGCGCGUGAACACCAACUCCAAAAGCUGCCAGAAGCUGAUGGAAUUGCACGGAUUAGAAUCCUCCUCGCCGGUCAAGAUGUGUCUGCCGAAUUUGAACAGCGGCCUGAGCGCGUUAUUCCUCUCGACGGAUCACGGUGUUCGAGUUUGGGACAUUCGGGGAGCGGAAAAGGCGCAGAAAGAAAAGCGAGAAGUCGCGGCGAAAUUCUACCACCCAAAUUUACCGGAUACUGUCAUUGUCGACUCAAUCGAGCAGUUGGAUAAAAAUCACAUGAUAACGAAAGUGGCCGAUUCAGGAGUCAUCUUCAUCUGGACGCUAGAAGGCGUGGAGAGCGAAAUUGAAGGAGCUACUGGAGAAGAAUACCACCUCGAACCAGUGAAAGUUCUCAACUGGUCAAAUACGGACAAAGUCUACUUGAAUUGCUUCGCGUGCAAGGGAAAGAUUUACGCAGGCGAUGAAGAUGGACAAAUUUGGAAAUACGAGCCGGACUUAUCUCACGAUAGUCCAGAAUUCCAAGAGCCAAAAGAAGUCAUUCCCUGGCCGAUUGUCAAACGAACCACUACUGGUACUCCUCCAAUCAUCCCACUCCCCGAUAAUUCAUUUUUAGAACAAGUGCCGCUAGAAGCAACCAUCAUCAACGACCUUGCCACUCCUGCCUCUGGAAGAUACCUGGUUGCAGCUACCAACAACAACAUUGUCCUAACGCUAAAGGGCUAG